AUGUCUGCCUUGCGUUUCCGAGUUGGGCUGACCAGGCAGUCCAUACGUACGAGAAUUUCACUUCGAGGCACACUUCCUGUAUGCUCUCAAGCUCGUCAUGUCAAGACUCCAGCAUAUGACGGUCACAUUCCUCUCAACUGGGCCGAGAACGCAUUCAUGGCUGUGGGUUCUGCCGUAAUGUCCUUGCUGGAUCCACGAAGAGGAGACAUGAUUGCAGCUCUCGGGGAAACAACAGCAGGCAAUUCGCUCUACAAACUGCGCGAACAAAUGCUCGAGAGCCCCGAAGGUCGAAGGAUACUCAAAGAGAGACCAAGGGUUAAUACGGAUACUGUCGACAUGACCAAACUCGCCCAGCUGCCAGAAGGCACUUUUGGUCGAACUUACGUUCAAUGGCUCGAGCGCUGUGGUGUGACUCCGGACACGCGUGAACCGGUCCACUACAUCGACGACCCAGAGCUGGCAUACGUUAUCCAACGAUACCGCGAGUGUCACGACUUUUAUCACGCGCUCUGCAAUCUACCUGUCAACGUCGAAUCCGAACUGGCGCUCAAGUGGUUCGAGUUUGUGCACUUUGGACUCCCCAUGGCUGGUCUAGGCGCAGUCUUUGGCCCACUUCGUCUCGACGCGACGAAGCGGGCACGACUAUUCCGUGAGUAUGUACCAUGGGCGCUACGAUGUGGCGCGAGUGCAAAACCCUUGAUUGCUGUCUACUGGGAGGAGCGCUGGGAGAUGAACGUCGCGGACAUGAAGCGAGAGCUUGGUAUGUGGGAUCCUCCAGAGGCUAUUUGGUCCAAGAAGCUCUCAGAAGCCAAAAAGGCCAAACUCAGAAAGGAGCAGGCCAAUGCAUCGACAACUCCCGAGGCGUAA